CCGAACGGUACCCGAUCUGAACAGUGUGUCCCACACACCGGUAGCAGCUUAUCACAGCCUCACCGGUUUAACCUCGAACGGGUUGGACGAACUCGCUGGAGAAAGGACCAUUGUUGCACUAGUAGAUCAUCUAGUAGUACGGAUGUGAUAUUAGCACAACGGCGAUUUGGUUGUUGAAGACCAAUCGACUCAUUCGAAUCGCGAUGACAUUCGGCGCCGGUUCAUUAUUGUGAUUCACUGAGUCAUUUAUCGGUUAGGUCGUGUGAUAUUAAUUAUAUUCGGAUUAUUCAGAUCUAUCAUUUGAUGGCAGUGUCAGGGGGAGCCCGACGGAUGCCGAUGGGUGUGCGGACAUUCAGUGAGUUUCUGGAAAUAGCGACGGGUGGUCCGUGUCGACCCAGCAGCCCGUAUAAAAACAAAGAGAGAAUACAACAGUGGCCCAUCAGACACUUGUCCUCCUGUGGGAUCUUGAUGACUCGUUCUCCUCGCGUUCUUUGUCUCUCUGAAGUAGAUCUGACUCCCUCUCAUCACACAAGAUCUUUCAUCAGCUUUACCAAUAAGAGAAAAGAGUAUUCAGAGAGGAGAAUACUAGGGUACUCAAUGCAAGAAAUGUAUGAUGUAGUUGCCAAUGUGGAUGACUACAAACACUUUGUACCAUGGUGCAAAAAGUCACAAACCAUAAUGAAGAGAGCUGGUCACGCCAAAGCGCAUUUGGAAGUGGGCUUCCCUCCUGUUGUUGAACGAUACACUUCUAUGAUAAGCCAUGUCCGUCCCCAUCUCGUCAAAGCGGUGUGUUCGGAUGGUAAACUCUUCAAUCACUUAGAAACAAUAUGGCGAUUUAGUCCUGGAAUUCCUGGUUACCCUCGCACAUGCACAGUAGACUUCUCUGUCUCGUUCGAAUUCCGUUCACUGAUACAUUCACAGUUAGCGACUGUGUUUUUCGACGAAGUGGUGAAACAGAUGGUGGCCGCGUUUGAGCGAAGAGCGUGCAAACUGUACGGGCCCGAGACGAGAAUACCACGAGAGCUCAUGUUUCACGAGGUCCACCAAACGUGAGGUUCACCAUCAAGCUGCUUUAAUAGGUGCAUCUGUGUGUGGAUGUGUGUACGUUCACUUGGACUCAUCUGAAUCUGGAACUCCAUAACUAUCUCUCAGCCAACUCUUAAGAUGGUUAUCCCAAAAGAUCUCUGGUUUUCAUCACAUUGGAAUGGGACAAUAGAUCCCAUGUUCUUUCAGACAAUAUUUCCAAAACAUCUGAAGUGUUACAUCUUAAAAUGUGAGACUAAAGAUAGAUUUGUCAAAAGUCUUCUCUAUGUAACCACAAUGUUUUUGACUGUGAAUGACUAUUUAUCAUAUUAUUGUAGCUCUGACUUGUCAGAUUUGAAAGUUGAGAGACAGGUACAGUAUUUAGAGAAUAUAGCAAAAAUUUGUUAAUGUGCACUGUUUCAUUAUAGUUACAUCCCAUUUACUUCUGUCCUGCUGUGGGUUUGUUGGGGCCAAAUCUGAUUAAAUGAUUGCUGAAACUUCUAUAUAAAAAGAAAAUCUUUAAAUGACUAGACAUAAAUAGAGAAUAGGAGUUCAAAAUGCUUGAAGUUUUCAUCAAUAUGCUCACAAUGACCUACGUGACUUUCACACUGCACUGAUUAAUAAUAAUUCAAGUCAAACUCUUGUGACUGCACACAUAACUGUAAAUAGUAUGAAAGUGGAUUGCCUGCUCUAUACAGUUGGGCGAAUCUCAAAGAAAUAUCAUAUUUCACAAAAUCAAAAAACAAAGCCUAUAUUUAGAACCAUUACGAUUUAUUUUGUAUUGUGAUAGUAUUAUCAUGACAAUUUAGCUCAUUCGUACUUUAGAGUUGUACUUUUACAAUUUAAAUAUAUGUUUGUUUUUCACAUGAAAGUCAUGAGAAUAAUUUCGGAUUACAGUAGAGUAUUGACAGUUGGUGGAGGGGGUUUAAUUGUGCUUAAUUGUCGUGAAAAUCAAAAAAAAAAAAAAACUUAAAGGUCUUUAAAAUAGGCUUCAUUGUCUUUAUGCUAAAUAUUAUUUCUGUUUGGAGUGAAAUAUUACGUUUUCGUGAGAUUAACCCAGUUCGAGUGGCAUCCAACAUUAAAAAUCCUGCACCUUGCCCCCAACCUGCAUAUUUAUCUUUUUUAUUUAGAACUAGUGUAUUGUAAUGAAGGUGAAUUUAGAGUUAUAUUUAACAUGCUUUUGCUUUCUUUGGAUGAAUUCAUGCAAACUCAGGGCUGUAGAGAGAUUUAAACAAAUGUAAGAAUUUAACCUGCAAAUCCCUAUAGUGAUACAGUGUUCCCAGUUUGUGCCUGUUCAUAUAGGAAGUGCAAAGAACGUGCCAUUUGUGUUUGUUACAUUUAUGUCUGUUCAAACUCAAGCAUUCAUAUAUUCUGAUUUCUCAAAAACUUCAGAGAUUGCUGCAAGUUGGCAGUGCACUGGACACAAGCGUAGUGAACUUUGUUUUGGCUUGAAAGAUAUUUUAUGAGUUUUUAUUGUUAGCUGUUUUUCAAUGCCUUAUGUAAGUUUUCAUGGCAUCUAUAAACUACUUAAAGUAACAUGUGGAAGUGUUGAGAUUUGACCGAUAAAUUAUUUGUGCUGUCAAACAAAUGUUUGUCUUGCAAAGUCUUCCAUGGAAAUAACUAAACAAUCAGGAGAUUUAUUGAGUGUACCACCUAAAAUAGACUUGUGUAAGUUUGCCUGUUAAAUGAGAAUUGUAGGUUGAACAACUGUGACUUAGAACCAAAGAGAUGAUCACUACUGUUUAAAAGUUAGAAGAGCACAGUUUUAGGGACGAAUCCUCUCCAAAAUGAAUGCUAUCUGUUAAGUAGUCCAUUCAUUCUCUUGUAGUUUGUCAGCAGGCCUGUCAUCGGUGUUAAAUGACAUUGCACAAGCAUUUCUUUUAAUUUGAGAAUCUAUAAACCUUUUCAAACAAAUCCUUUGUGACCGUUUUACUUGAACGGCUGGGAACAACUGGUAUGGUUUGAUGUGAAUGUGGCAUUGAUUUAUUCCCUCAAUCCUCCUCAAUUAUCUGGAUCAGUUUCAUUAAUGACACCAAAAGCUUAUUUUAGCAUUGCCAGACAUUUGUUCAACACAAGAACUGUCUGUAAAUGUCCAAAUCGAGGACAUAUUUGAGCGCUUGGGGAGACAGAAGUCAUGCAGUUCCAACGAGCAAUGAAAACGAGCUGGUGGUAUCUGGGUCAUGUAUUUAUAACCAUAUGAGGGGCUACAGUUUCUUCAGCAUGCUGCCCUGACCUGAGGGUCUUCUUCAUUUAGAUAUUUACAGAAAAGAAUUAAUCUGUCUUUAAAAAUGAUCCAGUUUAAAAACAGUGACCAGACUUGGAUCAAAUUGAGAUGGUUAAUCCAUACAUAUUUUCACCAUGACAAUAUCAAAUUACAUGCACACAACUUUUUAAAUUAAGGUCUAAAUUUUGGUUAAGCCUCCCAAAUGAGGUUUUUACAUGCUGAUCAGCUAUUGUAAUGUUGUGAUUUUGCAGUUGUUUGACUGCUUAUAUCAAGUAUUGUCCAGAAUGGUGUUUAUUUGGAUAUGCAAAGAUAUAAAUGAAAAUGAAAUGAAAAAAUGAAAGUGGAUGUUUUCUGAAUACAUGACAAAGAAUUAUAAAUAAAUGCCAGCUGUCUUAUUCUGAUUUCUAGAAACAAGUAUAUUGUUUUAAAAGAAAUGUUUUGGGUUUAAUACAAGUUAAGCUCAAUCAGCAGCAUUUGUGGCAUAAUCUUGAUUAUAAAAAAAAAAAAGAAUAAAGGUAAAAAAUCACGGUUACAGUAACGCACUUACAAUAAGUGGUGUAAGUGAAUGGGUCCAGUUCAUAAACAUUAAAAUACAGUUUCAAAAGUAUAGCCACAAGAAGUAAACAUUAUACAUGUUAAUGUGAUAUUAGUGUGAUAAAAUCACUUUCAAACCUUUUCUCUGUAAAGUUAUAUAAUAUAACAACUUCGUCGUCAUUACAGGGUUUAUCGGUGUACAUCGUAAUGUAGUAAAGGCUGUAGUGCCGGUAAAUCCCUGAUUGGAUUACACUAAAAUUAUGUUAGCACAUAUGUUUAUAUCUUGUGCAUACUUUUAAAGCAUUAAUUUCUAUACAUCAUUAAUCAUUUUUAAAGUAAUUUUCAUUGUAAGUGCCUUAGUGUAAUCACAUUUUUUUGCAAGGGUUUUUAAAUGUCAAAAUUACUUUUUGUUGUAAUCAACAUAAUGCCACAAAUGCUGUCAACUGGGCUUAACUUGUAUUGAACCCAUAAUGCGUUAACAUGAUGCAGAUGUAGUUGUUGUAAUAGGACCAAAUUCUGAUUAAUAUCGGAAUAUUCUAAAGCAUGUAAAACGUCAUAGAGUGAAACAUGUAGAAAUGAAGAAAAAGGCUCAAAGUUUUGUUAAAAACAUUUAUUGGCUUUCCUUUUUUGUCAAGUUUUCCCAAUUUUUUUUAUUUGUUCACCUAAGCUUCUCUUCCCAAAUCAAUCCAGAUACAUUUGAACACCAUUCUCUUGUUCCCCUCCCAUUUCCCCUGGUGGAUCU